AUGCCUAAAGCCACCAAAUCUUCCACCAAGACCAAGGGUCGCGGCGCAGAAAAGAAGAAGAAGGACCCCAACGCGCCUAAGCGAGGUCUCUCAGCCUACAUGUUCUUCGCCAACGAUCAACGUGAAACCGUCCGCGAGGAAAACCCAGGCAUCACCUUCGGCCAAGUCGGCAAGGUCCUCGGUGACAAAUGGAAGGCUCUUAAUGAGAAGCAGCGCGAACCAUACGAGAAGCGGGCUCAAGCCGACAAGAAGCGCUAUGAAGAUGAGAAGGCCAAAUACCAAGCUGGCGCUGAUCCCUCCGACGAGGACGACUAA